AUGGAUUACACCCUGAAGAUUUCCGGUUCGCCUAUCCAUGGCUAUGGGAAUGUGGACUUCAAAGUCUACACUCAGACAGGGCCAACGACUCAACAAGAAGACGUCGACAUGGAUGGUGGCGCGUGGAUGACCCUUCCAACGUCUUCGCUCACCCUGACCACCCUCAACUUCGACGUGCAAUACCACAUCAUGAGCCUGCUCUCGCCCGCCGAUCUGUCACGUCUGAUGAGGACAUGCAGCUCCUACUUCGAGGCUGGCAUUGUCCUUCUGUGCUCACACUCAAAGAUCCCUUUGAACACAGUGUCUCAGGUCCUCUCCUUCGCCAAGUUUCUCCGCGUCUACGACCCGCAGCACACCCGCACUCCGCUCAUCCGGGAGCUCCACUUCAACCUUGAAGAGUACACGUUCACCCUCGCCAAAGGCGCGGCUUCCCCCAAUCCGGAUUCCUCGGGCUUCCCUUCGUCCUACUUCGCGCUCCCCGCCCACCACCCGCUGACGGAAGAGCACCUCAUGCGCGACGCCCGCAACCGCGCGCUCGAGACCUUCCUCACCCUCCUCCCCCAGUGCGCCGCCCUCUCCCGCCUCCGCAUCGACCGCUGGUACGACGACGCCCCGCCCUCGCUCCUCCACCACGCGCUCACGCACCUCACGCACCUCACCCACGUCCGCAUGCCGCUCUUCGCCCGCGGCGCCCUCGACCUCGCGUCCUUCGCGCGCCUCCCCCGCUCCGCUCCCUCGUCCUCCUCCCCUCGCGCAAGUGGCAGGAGGCCCCGGACGCCCUCGCCGCGCUCCUCCCGCUCGCGCCCACGCUCGAGGCGCUCGAGCUGCCCGUGUGCGGCUGGCGCGCGCCCGCCGCGCCCUUCCCGCGCGUGCACCGCUCGGGAUCGAGUUCCCGCACGCGGACCGCGACCUCCCCCGCGUCCUCGCCCGCGCCUUCCCCGCCCUCCCCGCCUCGCCCUCCGCGGCGCGCGCCCGCUCCACCUCUGCGGCACCGCGCGCGCCCGCGCGGAGGACGCGUGCGCCCGCGAGCGCGCGCAGGCGCAGUGGCGCGCGCUCGCGCGGGACGGCGCGGUGUGGCCGUGGCCGGACCUCGAGAGCGUGGCGGGCGAGAGCGCGUGCGCGCUGCACGCGCUCGCGCUCCCGCGCGCCGUCCGCCGCCUGUCCGUCGCGUUCGCCGCGUCCGAGCCCGCGGCGGCGGGGGACGCGAUGCUCGCGCGCGUCCUGUGCGACGCGCGCCCCGCGUGCCUCGAGGUCCGGGUCACGAACGCGCACUUCAAGUACAACCCGUUCCCGGCGCGGUUCGGCGCGCUCGCGCGGAUGGGCCGCGCGCACGCCGACGCGCGCGCCCGGGAGCGCGGCGGAGGAGACGCCAGUGGUGGCGACCCCGUCGCGGCGGACGACGGUGGCGGGGAGGCCGCGAUGGGCAUCCGCCGGUUCGUGCUCUCCCUCGAGGGCGACAGCGUCCCGGACUACGUCCAGGUCGCCGCGAUCCUCCUCGUGCGACGAGCUGCACGGCGCGCUCGCCCGCUCGCCGUCUCCCACGUCCUCGUCCGGCACACCGUCGCGCCCUUCCGCGCCGCCGCGGAGCACACCCGGCGCAUCGUGCACGCGCUCCGCGCGCACGCCGCCCCGCGCGCCGCCGCCCUCGCCCUCGCCGCGCCCGCGCUCGCGUGGGUCGGCGUGCUCGUCGAGCUCCCCGCGGCGCCCGGCGCGCCGCGGUGGCUCCGCGCGUGGCGCGUCGUCCGCCCCGCCCCUCGCCGGGAUCGGUUCGCGUUUGGGGACGCGCGGGUGCGGGAGGGGAGGGGAGGAAGGGAGAGAGGAGGGCGGGCGGGCCCGGGCGUGGUGUUGGCGGAGGUGGGCGAGGGGGAGGCCUGGGAGGAGCUCGCGCGGGAGGGCAUGGUCGAGGCGGGGGACGGAGCGGCCUGGUGA